AUGUCCCCUUUUCAACGCUCUCUCUUUCCACCUCUCUCUCUCUCUCUCUCCCUCUCUCUCUCUCUCUUCCCAGCUCUCUCUCUAUAUCUUGUCACUUCUCUCUCUCUCUCUUCCCACCUCUCUCUCUCUCGUCACUUCUCUUCCAACCUCUCUCUCUCUCUCUCUUCCCACCCCUCUCUCUCUUUUCACUUCUCUUCCAACCUCUCUCUCUCCCCCUCUCUCUCUCUUUUCACUUCUCUCUCUCUCUUCCCCCUCUCUCUCUCUUUUCACUUCUCUCUCUCUUCCCACCUCUCUCUCUCUCUCUUUUCACUUCUCUCUCUCUUCCCCCUCUCUCUCUCUUUUCUCUCUCUCUCUCUUUCCCACCCUCUCUCUCUCUCUUUUUCACUUCUCUCUCUCUUCCCCCUCUCUCUCUCUCUUUCACUUCUCUCUCUUCCCCCUCUCUCUCUCUUUUCACUUCUCUCUCUUCCCACCUCUCUCUCUCUUUCCUUCUCUCUCUCUCGCUUCUCUCUCUCUCUUCCCACCUCUCUCUCUUUCACUUCUCUCUCUCUCUCUCUUCCCACCUCUCUCUCUCUUUUCACUUCUCUCUCUCUCUCUUCCCACCUCUCUCUCUCUCUUUUCACUUCUCUCUUUCCACCUCUGAGAUUUCUUGCAUGCUUAUUUAUAUCUUUUAUCUUUCUCUUCCUUCGCUUUCUUUUUUUCGUUUUUUUUCCCGAAACAUUUUCCCUUAAAUGUAUAAAUUGUAUCUGUCUCUCUUUUCAUGGCCGCUUAAGCAAAUACACACACAUUAAUUCUUUUAUCGUUCAUAAUCUUUUCCUUUACUCUUUCCUCAAACAAAUAUGUAAUCAUUUCAAUUCCCCCCUCUCCUCUCUCUCUCUCUCUCUCUCUCUCUCUCUCUCUCUCUCUCUCUCUCUCUCUUCUGCAUAUUCGUCUUAA